AUGACACCAUAUGAAGCUGACCUUUUUCAUCAUAUAAAUAUAUUUCAUUCCAAUGGAAUUCUUGCAAAUAAAAGUCAAUUAGAUUAUUCUCGAUUAGAAUCAGCAUAUAUAGUACCAUUUACUUCAUUUUUAAAAUUUUAUCAAUUUAUUUGUUCAACUCCUCAAUUGAUUAAUUCAAAUCAAUUUUGGAUAUCAUCUCAUUCAUCUUCACUAUACAACAAUUCAAUCACAGAUAAAGAAAAACAAGUUAUUAAUUAUGUAAAAGAAUCAUCUGUUCUUAUUGAUAAAAAUAGAAUUUGUAAAACAAACGAAUCGAAUAAUUCAUUUUGUCAACGAAUUCUAUUUCAUGGACAAGAAAUAUUCUCAUAUUGUACAACACCAUCAAUAAAUUUCAAUUCAAUAGAUAAUAAAACAAUAUCAUGUCUUUCAAUAAAAGAUAUUGUUUCAAUUUAUUUUCCAUGGUCUUCAAUUAAACAAUUUAUUCAAAUAUGUAGAAAUAAACAAAUAACCAUAUAUAAACCUGAUAAAUCAACUAGUUCUGAUUCAACACUUCGUUUAAUUAAUAUAGAACAAUUAGAAAAUAAUUGGAAUUUUAUUCUUAAAGAACUUUUACCAGAUAAACAAAUAUUAUCUCAAAAAUACAGUCAACAAUCAGAAAAAGAUCAAUUAUCAAUUGAAUUAGAAGAUAUUAAUCUUCGAUUGAAAUCAAAUUCAAAUUCAAAUAAUAUAUUAUCUUCAAAUGUAAAUAAUCAACAAUCAACAAAUACUAGUGAUUUAUUAUCUAAUAUUAAUUCAAUUGAAAAGGAAAAAGAAAAAUCAUUAGAAAAAAACGUUUAUCUAUUAGAAAAUUCUUCUAUUCAAUCAAAUUCUGAUUAUAUUAACAAAUAUUCCAAAAGAAUUCAAUUAAAUAAUAAUCAAUAUCAAUUUGAAAUUAAUUUAUUAGAAAAUAAACAAGAUAAACAACCAAUAUCAAUUAUAAAUGAAAAUUUUUUAUCAAAUAAAAAAAAUUUAAAAAGAAAUCAAUAUAGACGAUCAACUAUUUCAAAUUAUUAUUCGAAACAAAGAAGAAAACAAAAAUUAAUUAAAAAAAACUCUUCAAAUCAUAAUCAACAACAAAUAUGGAUGAAGAAAUAUUCAAUUGAAUCAUUUUCAAUUAUUAUUGAUCGAUAUAAAUUACCUUAA